AUGGUAGAUGCUAGAACUUUCUGCGGUACAAAGUUUGCCAUGUACCGUUCUUCUAAUAUUGAAAAGUACAAUACUUAUUACUGCCACAGAAGUGCUACCUGUGACAUAAUCUUCAAAAUGCGUAUCACUUUAACCAUUACUGCUCCUACAGAUGACGAUGCAGAUCUCAUAUCUCUCGAAAUACCUCAAGACACCACGGUGGGCACAUUGAAGGAAUCCGUCCAAGCCGAAUCUCGCAUCCCUAAGAGAGAUCAACAUCUAUACCACAAUGGCCAACUACUACACGAUGACAAUAAGACCAUGGAGCAAUUACAGAUUGGUGAUGGAGAAAUGCUUGCUUUGCAUGUUAGGGAAUACAGAGAUCCUCCUGCUGCCACCGCACAACGAACUUCACAACCUGCUCGCGCACCUCCAGGAAGAGGAGGCCAACAACAGCCAGAUCCAGAGACAAUUAGAUUACAAUUGAUAGGCAACGCGGAAAUGAGACGAGAGGUCGCUCGUCAAAAUCCGGAAUUGGCUGCUGCUGCUGAUAGUCCAGAACGAUUUGCAGCAGUACUGAACCAAAUGCGAAGCCGGGAAGCAGGUGAGGAGGCUAGGCGGAGACAGCAGAUUGCGGAUCUAAAUGCCGAUCCAUUUGAUGUCGAUGCGCAAAUGAGGAUUGCGGAGAUGAUUCGUGAGCAACGAGUGCAGGAGAAUUUGCAAAAUGCUAUUGAGCACAAUCCCGAAGUAUUCGGUCGUGUUCAUAUGUUGUACAUCGAUGUCGAAGUCAACGGACACAAAGUCAAGGCAUUCGUCGAUUCCGGUGCCCAAGCUACCAUCAUGUCUCCCAAAUGUGCUGAAGAUUGUGGUAUAAUGCGACUGGUCGACAAACGUUUCGCAGGUAUCGCACGAGGAGUUGGUACCGCCGCUAUUCUUGGCCGAGUUCACUCUGCGCAGAUUAAGAUCGGGAGUAUGUUUCUUCCUUGCAGCUUCACCGUGAUGGAAGGCAAAGAUGUCGAUUUACUUUUGGGCUUGGAUAUGUUAAAGAGACAUCAAGCUUGUAUAGAUUUGUCCAAGGAUAAACUCAUCAUACAAGGUGUCGAGGUUAGCUUUUUGGGAGAGGCAGAUAUUCCUAAGAAUAUGGAGGAUGAGAGGGCAGAGGAGCCACAACUCGAGGGACCAGGAGGAACAACCAUCGGAGCAAAAUCUGGUGCAGUGUCAGGGCCUUCGACAGGACAGCAAGCACCCCAGAGCGCAUCAUCAGCACCAGCUGCUUCUGCUCCAUCCGUCCCACCACAGCAGCAACAGCCGUCGUUUCCAGCAGAAAGUAUAGAUCAACUUGUAGCAUUAGGAUUCUCGCGCGAUGAAGCCGUUAAUGCGUUGGCGGCUUGUGGGGGAGAUGUUCAGUACGCGGCUGGUCUUCUGUUCCAAGGAUAG